CGGACAUGUCCCGGGCCGGGGACCGCGGCGGAGCGCCGGCCAGAUGGCUGGGCACGGGGCUUUUGGGGCUUGUCCUGCUGCUCCCCGCAUCCCUGUCGCUGGAGGUGUCCGUGGGGAAGGCCACCACCAUCUACGCGGUCAAUGACUCCCAGGUGCUGCUGCCCUGUACCUUCUCCAGCUGCUUCGGCUUUGAGGACCUCCACUUCUGGUGGACUUACAACCACAGCGACACAUACAAGAUCCUCAUUGAUGGGAUUGUGAAGAACGAGAAGUCUGACCCCAGGGUGAGGUUUAAAGAUGAUGCACGCCUCACCCUGGUGGGUAGCACCAAGAACAAGAUGAACAACAUUUCCAUUCAGCUGAGUAACCUGGAAUUCAGUGACACUGGCAAAUAUACCUGCCACGUGAAGAACCCCAAGGAGAAGAAUCUGGAGCACAGUGCCACCAUUUUCCUCCAAGUCGUUGACAAACUGGAAGUAGUGGACAAUACGGUGACGCUCAUCAUCCUGGCCGUGGUGGGCGGGGUCAUCGGCCUCCUCAUCUUCAUCCUGCUCUUGAAGAAGCUCAUCACCUUCAUCAUCAAGAAGACCCAGGAGAAGAAGAAGGAGUGUCUCGUGAGCUCCUCCGGGAAUGAUAACACAGAGAACGGGCUGCCCGGCUCCAAGGCGGAGGAGAAGCCACCGACAAAAGUGUGAGGCCCCGAGGGGGGCCCAGCAGCGUGGGGAGCCCCGCUUUCUGAUGGCCACCUUGACGCUUGAGCCCUGUCAGUAGAACCCACGUGCCCGAUCUAUCUGCUGCUUGGCUCCAACUGUAGUGUCUCUGGGCAGGAAGGAACCGGCGUCCUUCCUGGCUUGUCUCCGCUUCCUCCGCCCUUCCCCAGCUGUCCAGGCACGAGGGCUGGCCAGCGGAGCGGCCUGCAGAGGGUUGAGGAGAGGGAAAGGAGGGGGCUUGUGGUGUGAAGGGGCUGGUCCCCAACACCUGGGAAGAUGGGCUCUCCUACCUGAGUGACCAGAACCUUGGUUUUCCUCCUGAUUUAUUUUUUUCUUCACCGAUUGGGACCUGGGCGGCGGGGUCAGUAAGGAUUCCCUCAAAAGCUGGACCGUGUAGAUGGGUUGAAGGAAGAGCCCUGUAUGGACAGUAAAUGCUUUUGAUGGUGGAAGCCAGCUGGCGGACUGUGGAGAGGACCUGGGAGCAGGCCUGAGGGUCACAUCAGAGGCAAACUAGGCUUUUGGGGAUACCUGAUCUUUCAAGGCUGUCUCUGAGCUGACCCCUUCCCCCCCAGCUGGGGAACUUCCCUCCCCCCCACUUCCCUCUCAUAGGGGCGCGGUGUUGGCCUUGUCCCAGCCUCCGCUUCCAGGUCCAUACCCUGCUCGGAGUUUCUAACCUUCCCAAGUUUUCCCAAGGUUUUUCCAGCUGCUUCCUGCUCAGCUGGACCUCUUCUCCCUGCCCAGGACUGAGGAAGGGCAGAGGGAGGCUGGCCUCCACUUGUCUCCUGCUUUCUACACCGCUGGUUUGCACACCCCUUCAUUGUGGGGCUAGACUGUGCCUUAGCUCCCCGAGUCCUGGCUUUUACCCUCUCCUCUUUCGCUCCGCAGCCCAGCCCUCGGAACUGCACACUUCCCGGUCUUCCACACGGUGGGGGGGGGCCCCGGUGA